AUGUCGAUGAGCGUCUCGACCGCCUCGGCGUCACCCCCCACCCGCACCAAAUCGUCCGCCUCCGUCUCGACGACGCACAAGCCCAAACGCAACAAGUCGUCGUCCUCGCUUCACAGCGCAGGAGGGCACCACUCGAUUCACCACCAUGUCCAGAUGCCUCAGCACGUGCGCAAGAGCUCCCAUGAGUCGACCGGCGUCACGCGACCUCGUCUCACCUCGAGUGGCUCGUCCUCCACUUCGGCCAAGAAGGCCCAUUUCGGCGCAGGUCUGGGCAUGAUGACCUCUAUAUCGAAUGCACCUUCCCAACCGGCGACCAACGCGGUCGCCCAAGCCGGACCCUCCGCUCGGGCCACCGGCGCAGCUUCAUCUCAAGCGGCGCACACCGAGACCGCGACAGAGGUGCAGCCUCACACGGAGGAGUUGGACGCUUCACCCCAGGACGAGCUCGGUGACCUCGAUGAUUCAAGGGCUUCACGAGACCAAAGGCCAUCCGACCCGGUCGCGUCGACGCAAGAACCUGAACGAGGUCGAUCCCGAUCGCGCUCGAUGGAUCGCCGCGCUGCGCAAUCGACCGAACGCCACCAUGCAAACGCUCAAGGUAGGGAUCGAACGUUACCACCGGGACCUGGAGGGCGAGGAGACAGGUCCGACGGCUCUCCCAAGAGACAAAGGGCCCCUGCGGUCUCGCAGACGAGGCAAGCGCAGCCACCGGCGAAGAAGAUGGAAAAGUCAGAAAACCCGUCCGAUGCGGUGGGCGCCAACCAAACUCCGGCCGCACCCGUACCCACACCCGCACCCGCACUUGCCCCAUCAACCACACCGACACCGACAGUACAGGUCAAGGAGAAGCACUCAAGGGCCAAGUUUGACUUUGCUGAUGACGAGGAUGACGGCGAUGACGACGAAGAGGAAGAGAGGCAGGGAAGGAAAUUCGAUUACGAGCGAGCUACCGAGACCUCAGGUCAGUCUGUAACGGCCUGCUUUCAACGAUCAGAGCUGUUCUCAUGCUACCUUGGGUUGGCCGAUUGUAGCCGUAGCGGCGCCUCGUGCGACCACCUCCACUGUCGAAAAGGCCGCAGCUGCGCCUCCACCCCUUGAGUCACCUCCUUCGCCGGAGCUCCAAGCGACGAAAGAGGUGCCCACGCGACCACCGAUGCACACCAAGUCAUCGUCCAACCUCUCGACCCACACCGUCCGGCCCAAGCGCAACAAGUCAUCGUCAUCGCUGCACUAUGCCCACCACGGUCCUGGCCACCACAACGUGCAAUUCGCUGGCGCAGCCAAGAAACGAUCCGGCAGUUCGAGCGGGAGGGCCAAACCUGCCUUUGGUUUCGGGAUGACGACACUACCUGCAGAGAACCACGAUGAUCGACGUGGAAGCGAUGCGAGCUCGACGAAAGGAGCGGGGAGCAGCAACAGACCUACCAUUGAUCGCAGGGGUAGUUCAACGAGCACUCUCGUCAAUGACCGCAUCGAUGACCGGUCAGCAGGGGGGCGAACAGAUUCGCGAGAACGGACCGAGGUGGCGAGGAUUGAGCCUGAUCCAAAGGCAAGUACCCCAGUACUCUCCCCGUCAACGUCGCGUUCACGGCCGAGCAAAAAACAUACCGCCACCAAAGACACUCAAGAGGUGGCUGGCAGUCAAUCGUCGGCCAGCGGAUGGGAAUCCGCUACAAAUUCACCGUUUGCGAUCGCAAAGACCCUUCCGUCGACAAGUUACCGACCCGAAGCGGUGUCGGGCCUGGCCCAGGUCAUGGGACGUGGCGACGAGGUGGCCGGCAUCGUUGCGGACGGUGAUGACGACGAGAGUGCCGACGAGGGGGCCAAAGAGAGCCGAAAGGUCGAUGUCGCUCCGAUGUCCCCUCCGGCUACCGGCCGGCCCACUGCUACUGAGCCUACGACUCAGUCGCCCCCCCGGAGUACCUCUCAACCAGGGCCAUCCUCAUCCCGGCAACCAUCUGGCUCGUUCAAGGCACCUCCAGCACCCGCGACGAACACUAUCGCCUUCCCGAGCUCUUCGGGCGAACCGCCUUCGCCGCCUCGAGUGCAUGCGCGACCGGCAGCUGCAAACGUCCGAAAAGGUUCCAACGCCUCACUCAUGUCGAACGCUUCCGCUCGCUCCGUUGCGUUGUCCUUUGCGGGCCGAAUGGGCCCUCCCGGGCCCAUGUUUCGCCGAUCGGGGACCGCGACCGCUCCUGCCUUGGUUGACCGUGGUCACGUCGGCGCUGAAUUGAUAGGAACCGACACCCCAGUAGGUUCGUUCGACAGUCGACGUCGCACGAGCGGUGGCCGGAACCCUUCCAUGCCUGCAGGUCGCCAGGUCGUGUCCCAUGGUCGCACGGACAGCAUCAACAGCGUGCGUUCUCUUCGUGCAGCGGCCGAGACGAGUCCUCAGACGAGACGCCCAGCUCCAGCCGAUAGUCGGCAGAGCGCGGACGGAGGACGACGAAGCAUUGGGCCUAGAACUUCGAGCGAGUACGCCUCAUCGGGAAGCACCGCACUCGCUGCACUCGGCAGUAUUGCCAGCCAGGCUGGCUCGACGCGGCCCCCUCCGACCCCGGAGGGCUCGGGAGGGACGUUCCGGAGGAGCGCCAGCGGCUACUUCUCCUCCGCUCUCCGAGGUCUGACGGGACUGCAAGCGCUCACCCCGCCUUUGUCACCCUCGGCCAGUUCUAGAGGCGGUCCCAUGGCAGGAUACGGUGCAACGACGGCCGGUUCCACGCAGCACCCCGCUUCGACCAUCGCCAAGAACAAGUCGCGUUCGACUCCAUCCCCCGCGCACUUCAUCCAACCCGUCGUGUCCAAGUUCGUUGAAACGCCGCCUCCGGUGCCAUCGGUGCUCUUGUCACGAUCGCCCGCUCCGAUGAACGCGAUGGACUCUGCCGCCGCGGCCAAGCGAUCCCAAUCCUCGGCCAGUCUGAACGGAAUGGGUGCGAUGUCGCGUACGCAGCAAAAGGCCUUCCUCGCUCGUGA